UUCUAGAGAGAGAGGGCACCUAUUCCCAGGGGUGGCAAACACCAUGGCCGCAAGUCUCAAGGUGGGCACUCGAUUGGAAACAACCGCAGGACUGGGGAAAUCAACAAUGGAAGAGGUCGGAAGACUGGCGCAAUCAGUGCGAACAAGAGUGGCGACACAAGGGGCAAAGUCGUUGGAAUCCAGGGAAAAGAGGCUGGAAUCAUUUGCAGCGAGGGAACCGGUCAAACUACGCAAGGAUGUCGCCGGGGAGAGAUAAAGAUUGGGCCAUAACUCCUCGGUAUUUUAAAGACCCAUACCAACUGCUGCCCUGCAAUUCAGAUGAGUUUCGAAUUGCAGUUGAGAGUAAGAUCUUUCAUUUCCAGUUUUCGGAUGCCAUCUCAAUUACAGAGUCCAAAAACGGUAAAGGUCAUUCCCUCACUAUCUCAUCUUGUACUGCUGUAUGGUUAAUUGAAGUUUUAAAUCACCCCCCUCUAGCAAGGGAAGGGUGGAAUAUUACAAGAUAUGAAUACCAAUCAACUACAAAAUUCUCAUGGGAAUCAAACAGCUUUGGGAGUUUUGUCAAAAUCUCUUCAGGAACUGAGAAGAACCUCAAGCAUCUUUUCAUUCCAGUGGGUUUUAACUCAGAGGGAAUAAAGCUCUUUGUUAACACUUUAAAAGAAGUGGUAAAACUCCAAGGAAAGAAAGUACUUGGGCUUCCUGAGCACAUCCGAGGCUCACAUGUGGGUGUAGAGCCUUUCCUUGAUUGCUCAAAGGAUUUUGAGACAGGAACUAGGCUAGUGGAUGAUGGUUGGAUAUGCUCCAGUUACUGCCUAACUACUGGAAUGCUAGAAGAAGAGAGUAAGGAAUCUGGAUAUAAACUUCUUGUUGACUCUCUGAUGGAAAAAGAACUGGAACACAGGAAACACAUUCCUGAUGAAGAGCCCCAUAUUGACCAGGAAAGCUUGAAGAUAAUAGAUCAAGUUAUCAGGGAUAACCGUAACCUUUUUCGCAGAUCAGUUGCAAACAAAAGGUUUCUGGAAUCUCUUAAUAGGGGUGAAAUAAUCAGCUUUUCAGGGGAAGCCGUUAGGGUCACAAGAGAAUCAAUGAAGAGUUUUGAAUUCAUCGAUGCUGCUACAUUUCAAGGAGCAAAAUAUCCGGUUUUCUUAGCUUAUGCAAAACAGGAUAUGCAGGCAGUGCUCAAUCAUCUAUGUGGUGUCCAAGAAUGAAUGGGGGACAUUUUAGCCUUGAAUGGUUUGAAGAAAUAUGUUACAAGGUUUGUUUGGAUAGUUCUGAAUUAUGAGAUAUCUUGUUGCAUCGGGUGAUUUAUACACUGGCUUCUUGAACUCGUAUAUGAAGCAUCUAGUUUUAUCACACAAGUAUGGGUCUCUUUCCUUGUAGAGUUGAUUCAUCUCGCUUGGUCAAUAGUUUCAUGUGAUUGGGUCAUUACAUCCUUAAGUCAUUUUUGAAGAUACUACUUUGGUAAGUAGUUCGUAUGAUUGGGGGCAUUAUUUUCUGGAUAUUUGGGGAAUAUCUUUAUUCUAGGGAAAUAUUGAGGACCUGAAGUAUUGGAGUAGCUUCUGCCACCUGAAUAGAGCUGCUGAUGAAAGGAAAGUACACUGGCGAUGACAGCUCAUGU